AUGGCAACUAAUAAUUCAAAUCUCGAUCUUGUCUUUGCGAUGGAUUGCACUGGUUCAAUGGGUUCGUAUAUCAAAAGUGCAACAGACAACAUUCGUAUGAUUAUUGAUGAAAUUAUUGCCAAAGAGAAAGUCACUAUACGACUUGCUCUCGUCGAGUAUCGUGAUCAUCCUCCUCAAGACAGUACAUUUGUAACUCGUGUUCAUAGUUUUACAAAUACAGUGACAGAAAUGAAAGGAUGGCUGGAACAAUGCUCUGCUCAAGGUGGUGGUGAUGGACCAGAGGCUGUGGCUGACGCGCUUCAUGAGGCUUUCAGUCUUCCGUGGCGUUCCGAUGCGGCUAAAAUCUGCAUUCUCAUAUCUGACGCACCACCUCAUGGUCUUGUCGCAGCCGGAGAUGGUUUUCCCAGUGGAUGUCCAGCUGGUCACGAUUCACUCAACAUUGCACGGAAAAUGGUCGAAAAAAACAUCACUCUCUACACUGUCGGUGUCGAACCACCUAUCGUACCUUAUCGUGAGUUUUUCAUGGCUAUUGCACACAUCACAGGUGGACAAUAUGUUCCAAUGGCAGAUGCAAAUAAACUAGCACAAAUGAUCAUUGGCGGCGUACGCGAAGAAAUAUCGCUUGAUCGAGUUAUGAAUAGUUCUAAGCGAGACAUUGCUCGGGAGGUGCAUAAGGCAGCUAGAGAUGGAGUUGACGACAAUGAAGCAGCCAAACGAUUACAGAAGAUCUUUUCCGAAAAGAACGUCGUUGUUAAUCGCAUGAGAAAUGAAGCUGGAACACCGUCAAAAGCAGCCGAAGAAUGCUACGCGAAAUGUACAGAUAUGUCCGACAUUCAACAACAAUACCAACAAUUGAUACCCACCGUUUCUCAUACUAAAGCAGCUGAAAUGGAUUAUAAAUUAGAAGAGAAUAAACCAGUCAGCUUCGAACAAGCGAAACGCAUUGUUCAAAAAGCAAAGAAUUGGGAUUACUCAUCAAUUGAUUUAAGUGAUGAUAAGACUUCAAUUGGUAGCUCUACCGGUGGAACACCAUGCAAGCAUGGGGCGCGUUGUCAUGAUCGAAGCGACUAUCAUCGAGCAAGAUUUUUGCAUCCGGAAAGUAGUACUACUACUCGAAACAGUGGUCAACAUCAUCGAGCGAAAUAUUCUCAUGCGGACAUAAAUGAUCAUCGGAUCCCGUGCAAACAUGGCUCAAGUUGUUACGAUAAGAGUGAUUACCACCGACACAAAUAUUCGCAUCCGAGUUCAUGA